AUGGGCUUCGACUUUUCGACGACUCUAAGACUGCGAUCCGUACCCUAUCUUUACCACCGAAAUCCAUUUUUCGACGAUAUUAAUUACGAGGCGUUAGCGAAAUAAGUUAAUUUCGGAAUGGGGCGAUAAAAUUCGGCCAGGCGUCCGUCUUUAUCGUCUGGCAACGCCGUGGUGACGACCUCCGUCUGGCGGCGAUGUUUUCGUUUUGGCAAAGCGGCAUCUCCGUCGGCCAGUGUUAUGAUCGGAUCGAGUGUUGAAAGGAGUAAAAAAUGGUAAAAACGAGACAACGUGGUGUCGAUAGCGAGUUAUCCAACGCCAAUGCCUACACCGUCGAGACCAGAUCCAAAAGAAAAAAAACUCUACCGCAUUUAGUAGAGACGAUAUCGCAGAUUUCUGAUUCGGACGACACAGAAUAUAGACUUCCAAGAAAAAGGCGACAACGAGACUUGACACCAAAUGAUGAAAAGUUAUCUAAAUAUGGAAAAAGAAAUGCAGUUUCGUCGACGAUCACUCGUCUUGCAACAAGACAGCAUGUACAUUUAGGAGAUGACAGUGACCAUCAGUUACCAAAAAAUGAUCAAAAAAUUCAAUCUGGUUCUUCACAUUCCUGUAAUAACCAUCUUUAUAUGAAUGGGAACUUGAAAAAUGCUAAAGCUCCUUGUGUUCGAAGAAGCCCCAGACAGAGAAAACUCAUAUAUGAUAAUUUAAAUCAGACUUGGCUUUUAGCUUCUAGCAUUCCAGAUUUAGCUAAAUUUGAUAAUCUAUUUUCAUCAAAUAAAAAAAUAAAUAGAGAUGUAGAAAAGAUUUCUUCAAAAGGUAUCGAGACGAGAAGAAGCUACGAAUUAAGAAAAUUAGGUCUGUCUAGUCCAGAUAUUGAAUUUGAUGAUAUGUAUAGUAGAGUUAAAAGACAAAGAAGAAAAACUGUAAGAGAUUUAUAUGCUAGAAGAAUAUCUAGAAAUACAAAUAUGACUGAUAGUGAGGAAACUGAUCAAAAUGAAAGUAUGGAUGAUGAUGAAGGAGGAAGUGAUUUGGAAGGUUCUGGUGUUAGUGGGGAAGAAGAAUCACAAGGAGAAAAUCAUCCCAAAUAUUGCUUAAGACCAAAAAAGCCAAUAACAGAACGAUUUCAGUUUCCGAUUGAGCCUGUUCGGCAAAAGAAAUCAUCAUCAUCACAAUUAUUUCAUUCCUCAAGUCACAUUCGUCACAGGGGUCGUCACCUGUUUCGGUCUCCCGCACACAAGAGUUCAUUUUUCAAAAGGAAACACCAUGCAGUUCAUAAUAGUUCUUCAACAUGUACUUCGAGUGAUGAUGAACGACAUUUUGAACAAAGAAAGGCAAGAAGCAUGGCACGUGCAAGAAACAGAUGUCUUCCAAUGAAUUUUACCGAUGACGAUUUAAAGCAUGGUGUCCUUAGAGAUAGAAAUAGAAUUGGUUGCAGUUUGGCAGAUAUUGAUCCGAUGAAUAUCAAUAAGUCGAUAAUGUUCGAUAGUAUAGGAGGUCUUGAUCAUCAUAUUCGUUCUCUCAAAGAAAUGAUAAUAUUUCCUCUAUUAUAUCCAGAAGUAUUUGAAAAAUUUAAAAUCACUCCACCUCGAGGUGUCCUGUUUCAUGGUCCACCAGGAACUGGUAAAACUCUUGUUGCUCGUGCUCUGGCUAAUGAAUGCAGCCAAGGAGAUAGAAGAAUUGCAUUCUUUAUGAGAAAAGGAGCAGAUUGUCUCAGUAAAUGGGUUGGAGAAUCUGAAAGGCAACUUCGUUUGCUUUUUGAUCAAGCUUAUUCUAUGCGACCGUCUAUUAUAUUUUUUGAUGAGAUUGAUGGUCUCGCACCAGUAAGAUCAACACGUCAGGAUCAAAUACACAGUUCGAUUGUUUCCACGCUUCUUGCACUAAUGGAUGGGUUAGACAGUAGGGGAGAGAUAGUGAUUAUAGGUGCAACAAAUAGAAUAGAUGCAAUCGAUCCUGCAUUACGUCGACCGGGUCGUUUUGAUCGUGAACUUCACUUUCCUCUUCCAUCUUUGGAGGUAAAUAUUUGUUUUUAACUAGUCACAAGCUAUCUUCUAUAUUAUACUGAUUUAAUGAUUCUCUCUCUUUCUCUCUCUUGUCUCUUAGCCUAUCAGCUGGUUUGUUUUUAUUAUAGAACAUCCUAUUUUCAUGAUCUGUAGCUAAAUUCUA